CAUCGCCGCCGCCGCCGCCGGCUGCCCUGCCCAAUUUCUGUAGGAAGGAAGCUCCAGUUACGCUCCAAUUUGUGAGUCAGAGCCGGACAGGCAGAGGCAGGGGAUGGAGAUGCCGGCGGGCGGCACGAACUCCGCGGCGGCGGCGGCCAAACCGCCCAGUUUGCUGUCGCUAUGCUUGCAGGCGGUCGCGGCCCAUCUCGCCGCCGAUGCAGCAGGCGCGGGUCGAUCUGGUGGGCGCGGCGGUGAGCAUUUCGAUGGCCUCGCCGAGGAGCAGGAAGAGGAAGAGGAGAGUGGCCACCUGACGCCGGAGCAGGUUGCGGAAGCACUGCCCUGGGAGCUUCUCCACCAGCUGGCGCCUCGUCUCUCGCCCUUCGCUCUCGAGUCGCUCCAUGACGCCGCCCAUGCUCGGUGCUGCUCUUCUGCAUCAACUACUGUUCGGUUUGGAGGGCUUGACGGCGGCAACCGACGUGGGAUAAAACGCUCAAGGUGUGAAGACUUCAACACCACUUGGCAGGCAUUGUUCAAAUGUCGCUGGCCCCUUGAUGAUUGUACUGGACAAGCAAAUUUUGUUACUGUUGAUUGGCAGCAACAGUACUGGGAAAAGCAUUUGCAGGAGUGCCUGGAUGAAGCUGCUGAGGCUGCGUUGCUCCCUUCUUUUCGUGGGAGUAUUGAUGAGCUAAUUAUCUCAGCUAAAAUCAUGAGUUCUGUUUACCUCAGCGCGGACAUAUCUCAGCAGUACUCAAGAUUAUCAUAUCAUUGCACCAGACUUGGAUACUAUGUGAGGCGCUUGAGACUUCAAAAUGUGCUUUGCACGGUUGAAAUUUGUAGUAUGUUGCAACAUAGCAGGCUAGAAACCUUGGUGUUCAUAAGGAUCAUAUCAGAGGCGGAGGUUAAUGGUGUAUGCCUGCUUCUUAGCUGCCAUGCAAAGACGCUGGUGUCUCUUGAAUUCAUCCACUGCCAGCUUUAUCCUGUAGUCAUGGAUAAAAUUUGCAGUAGUCUUUGCCAACAGGGAUCCCAAAACCAUGAGAUCCAGCGCCUUAGCAUUAAAUCAUCACGUGUGUGUGAAAGCAAUCCUUCAACCAUCUCUGCCGGUCUACUAAAUUUUCUGUCACAUGCAAAGUCACUGCAGUUGCUGUCACUUAAUGAUGCUAAGAUGCAGCCAUCGUUUGCUAAAAUUAUUAUUCAUACUCUCCUCAAAUCUUCUUGCGGUUUACAAACACUUGACAUAUCAGAAAACGAUAUUGCAGGCUGGCUUUCCACUGUAGACAGAAGUUGUACAAGUUUCUCAUCAGAACUCGAAUCAAAUACAUCCUUGAGUUCUUUGACUGUUCUGAAGCUAAGGGGAAACAAUUUGCAGAAGGGCGACAUGGAGGAUCUAUGCAAUAUCAUAGCGAAGAUGUCUAAUUUGAGAAGUCUAGAUAUAAGUGACAAUCCAAUCACUGAUGAGGGUAUCAGGUUUCUUAUUCAUUUCUUUGAACGGGCUCUUCAAAAGGAGAAUCUGCUUUGGAGAUUGCGAGCAGAGAACUGUGAUCUGUCAAGUAUUGGUGUGACUAAACUGCUUGAGUGCCUCACAUCUGUGAAUAGACCACUUGAUAUGCUGUCUAUUGCAGAUAAUUAUCUCGGGAGUUCUGUGGCAGCUGCAUUAGUGAAAUUCUUGGGCUCUCAUGUAAGGGAGCUAAAUGUUGAAGACAUCGGCCUAGGGCCACUAGGCUUCCAAAUACUUGAGGAAGCAUUGCCAAGGGAAGUACACCUCUCCCACAUCAACAUCAGUAAGAACCGCGGUGGGAUCAGAACUGCACACUUUAUUUCCAGACUGAUACUGCAAGCGCCAAACCUUGUCUCAGUCAAUGCAGGAUCUAACCUUUUACCCCCUGAAUCUUUGGAAGUAAUUUGUAACGCAUUGAAGCAAACGACAUGUAACUUGGUGCGACUGGACCUGAUGGGCAAUGUGCAUUUGUCAAGUGCUAUCUUUCCUGCAGCCUCUGAAUUCAAGAAGCACGGAGAGCCAAUCCUGGUUGUUCCAUCACAGCCAGGUGCCUGCGCUACCUAUGAUGCUGACCCAUAACCUGAGGAAAUCUUCACCCUUGGGUCAAAUUCCAAACAAAUGAAGGUAAAGUCGGGAACAUACUGAAUAUCCUCGCCUUCAAAACAAUGGUAAUCCAUUUGAAGAUUUAUUUAUAUUUUGAGUUUUUGUGACCCUUUUUAGAGAUUUUCUUGGGUUUUCAGCUACUCCCUUUGAUAAAAUAAAUGAUGUAGAUUUAUAUAAAAAUGUAUACAAAUUCAGGUCAUUUAAUUUGGGACGGAGGAAAUAUUUUAGAUUAGGACGCAGACAAAUGACGCUCGGGCGUUAAAUAACAUUUUUUUAGGGGGAGGGGCGUUAAAUAGCGAAGCCUGCGAAAAGGAAAGGAGCAGCGUGGGCUUGACCAAACCUCCUUUUCCUUUUCGGGCCGUUGGCUUUGUGCUACGGCCCAUUUUUGCUUUUUUUAUUUUUAUUUCAGGUGAGUCCUAACUCCUUAACCUGAACUUCAUUCUGUACAUUGAUCUGGGCCAGGAUUUGGCCUGUGUCGGACGGGAGCCGGUAUGGCAAUCGGACGACGGCUGAGGCUCCCGCGUGAGCUGAAUCGGUCGGUUCAGAGGCUGUGUUGUAUUUAUUUCUUACCCAUGGACAAUAAUAGAAUUUUUUUUCAA